AUGCAGCCCCGUUUCCAUAAAACCAAUUCCAGCAAUCAUCUUCUUGCUUUUAUGAUUUUCCUCUGUUUGAUUACUGAAACCUCCUGUUUGCGUGACAUUAGGUCAAAGGUCCUUGAAACUCCCGACGUGAAUAUUGGAAAUAGCCUAAACUUCGAGGAGGAGAGUCAAAAAGUGGAUUUUUGUUAUGAUGCAGAAGGGGAACGACACGGAUUAUUUUCCAGUUGGCACGACCCUUUAACAGGCUGUCAGUGCUCUUGUCAGUCAGUUGGAAAUAUUCUUGUCAGUGUGUGCGAUGACAACUGUGAUAGACAAGCAUCAACUGGUGAGGGGGAUGUAGAUAAUCAAGGCUUGCUAUCACAGAAUGAUGAACCCUUCUCCUCUCUCCUCCCCUCCAAACGAAGAACAAACGUCAAACCAAAGGCACAAAAUGUUCCAGCAAGGAGUAAGCUUUUAUUUUAA